CCACGGGUACCAUGGCUCACGCUUCUCUUUCCACGUGUCAUCCGAACUUCGGUUGACAUCAGAUAGGCCCAAUCCCCUUCAUUUUCCCAGAUUACCCUUUUUAUCUUUUGUAUUACUACUAUACUAGUAGUAUUUCUGGUAUCAGCAUCGAACUGCGUGCCAGCCAAUUGAUAUACUAGGAGUAAAUAAUUUCUAGUGCAUUUUGUUGACGAAAAGAAAGGAAGAGUUAGUUAGGUAGCGAUGGAUCACGUAGCGGAUGCACACAGGACUGAUCUGAUGACAAUAACAAGGUUCGUGUUGAAUGAGCAGAGUAAACACCCUGAAUCACGCGGUGACUUCACUAUCUUGCUCAGUCACAUUGUUCUUGGCUGCAAAUUCGUUUGUUCUGCUGUUAACAAGGCAGGUUUGGCCAAACUCUUAGGGCUUGCUGGUGAGACUAAUGUGCAGGGUGAAGACCAAAAGAAACUGGACGUACUCUCAAAUGAAGUUUUCAUAAAGGCUCUUGUCAGCAGUGGCCGAACAUGCAUUCUUGUGUCUGAAGAAGACGAAGAAGCUACUUUUGUGGAGCCGGCUAAGCGUGGAAAGUACUGCGUAGUUUUUGAUCCUCUGGAUGGAUCUUCCAACAUUGAUUGUGGUGUUUCAAUCGGAACGAUCUUUGGGAUUUACAUGAUGAAAGAUGCUCAUGAACCAACACUAGAUGAUGUCUUGCAACCUGGAAAGAAUAUGUUAGCUGCUGGAUACUGCAUGUAUGGAAGUUCUUGUACGCUUGUCUUGAGCACCGGAAAAGGUGUUAAUGGUUUUACACUUGACCCCUCUCUUGGCGAGUUCAUCUUAACUCAUCCAGAUAUCAAGAUUCCUAAGAAAGGGAAGAUUUAUUCAGUGAAUGAAGGAAAUGCGAAGAACUGGGAUGGUCCAACAUCCAAAUAUGUGGAGAACUGCAAGUUCCCCAAGGAUGGUUCUUCACCCAAAUCUUUAAGAUAUAUUGGAAGCAUGGUAGCUGAUGUUCAUCGAACAUUACUCUAUGGUGGAAUCUUUUUGUACCCAGCUGAUAAGAAAAGCCCCAACGGGAAGCUGCGGGUUCUUUAUGAAGUAUUUCCGAUGUCAUUUCUGAUGGAACAAGCAGGAGGCCAAGCAUUUACAGGAAAACAGCGGGCACUUGACUUAGUUCCUAAGAAAAUACAUGAUCGGGCGCCAAUAUUCCUUGGUAGUUAUGAUGAUGUGGAGGAGAUCAAAAGGCUUUAUGCUGCUGAAGAGAAAAACUAAUGGAUGCACAUUUACCUUUUCUCACUUCACAACUCUUGCUGGUGCUGAUUACUAAUUUGUCAAUGUAGAGCAAAUUGCUCAUUAUAAUUCAAAAUCAUCAAGGAUGAUUACAGUUCUAUGUUGCACAAUAGAGUAUAAGCUACUCUGCUAAUAAUACGUGCAUAUAAAUGAGCUUGUGCAAGCUGCGGCGUGUUUUUAUUUUAUUUGCCUAUUGCUACUUCAUCAACGUGUGAAAAAUUCGGGUCAGGGGCUCAGUUUAGGUGGCUAAGUGAAAAAUUCGAACAAGUUCAGGGCUCUGUAUUGUUGAAAAUUAACAAAGUUUUACUAUUAGAACAUUA